ACAGGAAGUCUUUUUCUAGUUGCACACGUGACGUCUUUUCCUUUAAAAUUGUGCUGUGAAAAGAACGCAAUGGGACGUUAUUCGCAUGAACCAGUAAAUGCGACCAAAUCGUGCAAAGCGCGAGGUUCCAAUUUACGAGUGCACUUUAAGAACACGCAUGAAGCAGCACGAGCCAUCAAGAACAUGCCCUUACGUAGGGCACAGAAAUACCUGAAAAACGUAAUUGAACACAAAGAGUGUGUUCCAUUUCGUAGAUUUAACGGUGGUGUUGGCAGGUGUGCUCAAGCAAAACAGUUUGGUACCACACAAGGUCGUUGGCCUAAGAAGUCAGCUGAAUUUCUACUGCAGCUGUUAAAGAAUGCCGAGAGUAACGCUGAUGUUAGGGGUUUAGAUAUUGACCGUCUUGUAAUUAAUCACAUUCAAGUAAACCAUGCUCCCUGUUUACGCAGAAGAACAUACAGAGCUCAUGGUCGCAUCAACCCUUAUAUGAGUUCACCGUGUCAUAUUGAAGUUAUUUUGACUGAAAAGGAAGAUUUUGUAAUAAAGAGCCCAGAAGAGGAGCCUUCGAAAAAGAAACUUAGUAAAAAGAAACUUGCCAGGCAAAAGGAAAAAAUGAUGAGAGAAUAAUUUUAAGGUAUUGAAUGUACUUGUGAAAAAUAAAAAUUACACUGUUCUCUAA